AUGACACCACUGAAUCUUUCAAGUGUAUCUGCUAAUAAUGUCUUUAUUACUGUUGAUGAUGAGGAUGAGUUACUAUACGGAGAUGAAGAUACGUCUAACCUUGAUACAUCUGCUAAUAUCAGUAUGAAAGAGGAAACAAAAUCUAGCAAGAAGUCUCGGAAGAAGGAAUUGAAGAUGUCAUAUUGGGUAGCUGUUGCACGAGAAAAUGGAUCUUUAGAAAUAUUGAGUUUACCAGACUUUAAGAUAGCAUACUAUGUGAAGACGUUCCCCAUUGGCCAGAAAGUAUUGGUUGACACAGGAAGUUUGAAAGAAAUAAGUGCCAGCAAAUCUGGGUCUGGGUUGAGUCAAGACAAGACAGUUACUGAUAGCAUGUAUAAUAUACAUGAGGUGUUACUUGUUGGAUUAGGACAGCGGAAAUCUAGACCAUACCUGCUGGCCAGGGUAGAAGAUGGUUUAUUGAUCUAUGAAGCAUUCCCGUAUUAUCAGUCAAAGGAAGACAAUCACCUUAAAAUACGAUUUAAGAAAGUCCAGCAUAAUUUGAUUCUGAAGGAACGUAAGGUAAAGUUCCGAAAGAGAGGCGAAGAGAUCUUAGAUGAAUUUGAUGAAUUUAAAACUGAUCAAGGACAGUGGUUCUGGUACUUUGAUGAUAUUUCAGGCUAUAGUGGAGUAUUUAUUUGUGGACCAUAUCCACACUGGUUGUUUAUGACACAGAGAGGGUCCCUUAGGAUACAUCCCAUGGGACUAGAUGGUGCCAUCACAUGUUUUGCUCCAUUUCAUAAUGUGAAUUGUCCCAAAGGUUUUCUCUACUUUAAUAAACAGGGAGAACUACGAAUUUCAGUAUUACCAACUCAUUUAACAUAUGAUGCUCCAUGGCCUAUACGUAAAGUUCCAUUAAGAUGUACACCUCAUUUUAUCAUUUAUCAUACAGACAGCAAGACUUAUGCUGUAGUCAUGCAUACACCUGAUAUUGGCAACAAAUUGCCCAAAGUUACAUCAGAAGAAAGAGAAUUUGAUGUCUUUGAAAAAGAUGAGAGAUUUGUCUAUCCAACAGCACAGAAGUUUUCCUGUCAACUUUACAGUCCAACAUCGUGGGAAGUUGUGCCAAAUACACAAAUAGAGAUGGAAGAAAUGGAGCAUGUCACAGCCUUGAAAUAUGUACUGCUAAAGUCAGAGGAGACAGUGUCAGGGGUUAAAGGUUAUGUUGCCAUAGGAACCAAUUACUGUUUUGGAGAAGACAUUCUUGCCAGAGGAAGAAUAAUCAUAUUUGAUGUGAUAGAAGUUGUCCCGGAACCAGGUCAACCUUUAACAAAACAUAAAAUUAAGGUAGUGUAUGAUAAAGAACAGAAAGGUCCGGUGACAUCAUUGUCUUACUGUAAUGGUUUUCUAGUCUCGGCUGUAGGACAAAAGAUAUUUAUGUGGACAUUGAAGAAUGAUGAUCUCAUAGGUGUAGCUUUUAUAGACACACAUAUCUACAUACAUUCAUUGGUUACUUUAAAGAACCUGAUAUUUGCUGCUGAUGUACAGAAAAGUGUAACAUUAUAUAGAUAUCAGGAACAAGAGAGAGUCUUAUCACAAGUGUGCAGGGAUGUGAAACCUUUGGAAGUAUACAGUCUAGAUUAUUUUGUUGACAGUUCACAGUUAUCUUUUAUAGUGACAGACAAAUUGAAGAAUAUUUUGAUAUACCAGUACUUACCUGAAAUUCGAGAAAGUCAUGGAGGAACAAGAUUGUUAAGGAGAGCAGAUUUUAAUGCAGGAUCUCAUAUAAACACAAUGUUUCGUGUGCGAUGUAAACUCUCUGAUCCAUCUACAGAAAAAAAACUUACAGGACCACUAGAGAGACGCCAUGUUACUUACUUUGCAUCACUAGAUGGUAGUUUAGGUUACUUGUUACCGGUCUCAGAGAAGGUGUAUAGAAGAUUACUCAUGUUACAGAAUGCCCUUAAUAUGCAGCUACCUCACACUGCCGGGCUCAAUCCUAGAUCUUACAGAGCUGUACAAAAUAACUCAGCAGAUCUUGCAAAUGCCCACAAAAAUGUUCUUGAUGGUGAACUUCUUUGGAAAUUUCUACAUUUAAGUGUACUGGAAAAAUCUGAAAUGGCAAAACGAAUAGGAACUAGUGUUGAUCAGUUGGUUGAAGAUUUGAUGGAGGUUGACAGAUCUACAGCUCAUUUCUGAUCAAAAUGUUUAUAUUGACAAUGACAUGAUGUAGAAUCAUGUAUACAAGGCUGUAAAUAACUGACUGUAUAAUGUACCUACCACAGUGUUCAAUGUGUAUUUCAUACAAAGGGAGUGGAAGUUGUUUUAAGAUUGUGGGACUGACUUACUUCCCAUUGCAGCGUCUUAAUGAAGACAUUAUGUUGUUGUUUUUGGAAAAGGGUGUGGUGAUGGGGUGGGGGGGGAAUGCAUUUAUACCCUUUGUUUAAACAUUUCAUAGAACUGCAUUUUUGAUUUAUACAUAUUAGACAGACGUGAUUUUUUGGAGGGAAAGCGUAUAUGCUGAUAAUGUCUCUUAGUGUUUCUUUGUGUUUUAAUAAUACGAUUAAAGAGGAUCAAACCAGAUUGCUUAUUAAUUUGAAAAAGUUUUUUUUCUUUGUAAAAAAUAUCAGUCAGAAAAGGAUUUGAAAAACACAUCAAUAUUAAUAUAUCCCAUGCUGAAACAAUGUACAUUCAGUCAGAUGUUUUCUUAGCUUGAUACAUAUAUUAAUGACAUAAGAUACACAUGUGAUUGGCUAAGAGGAUGUUAAUUGUAAUGUGUGGUGGCAUAAAUUUCAGUAUGAAAGUAUGAAUUUGCCAGUCCACUUUAUGCCAUACAAAAUGGAGUUGUUGGACAUGAUUUAAAGUUAUUUUAUUAAGACUUGUGUGAAGUAGAAUUUAUAUAAUGUCUUUGAUAUUUAAAAUGUCAGUCUUGUUCUUAGAAAUGCUUGUCAACAUUGCACAAACUUAUAGCAUAAAAAAUUGUGAAAAUGUAAACCCCUGUGUAAUGAGCUUGUAUUAUAUUCAUCUUUUAUUUGUCUCACUAUAAAACUACAAAUGUAUUAACUUCAUGCUUUUUUUUGUUAAGGAUAUAUGUCUGUAUUUUUGUACAGAAAUAAAGUUUUAAAACUUA